AUCUAUCUGUGGCAUGUCCAGGGUGCGAGAAACCUGGUUCUAGGAAGAAACUAGGCUUUGAAGCUGCAAGGCUAUUCAAUGCUAAUCAAGGUGGCCAAUUGUAACAUUCACACUUGACUCAGACAAAAGUUCUUUCUCCCAUUUUGGACAUUUAUUAUUAUUAUUAUUAUUAUUAUUAUUAUUAUUAUUAUUAUUAUUAUUAUUAUGACUACUACUACUACUCCCUAUUUACUUCUCUUGGUUUAAAAAAAAAAAGAAAUCAGCAGGUCAAAUAUGUCCAGAAACACAUAUAAAGUCUGAGACACCAAAAUGUGUGCUAGCCUGUUCUGUUGUUGUUGUUGUUGUUGUUGUUGUUGUUGUUAAUCCCUAUUCACUUCUCUUGAAUUUUUUUAAAAGGGGGCAACUUUUACCUUAAAAGGAGAAAUAUCAACACACAGGUGGCCAGGCUACCUUUUAAAAAGGGAACUGUGCCAUGACCAUAAGCUCCAAACUAUGACGGGGCGAGAUCAGCCUUGGGGUGACUUCCUUUUUACUAAUGCAGAUUAAACUCUGAAAAGCGAUGACAGUCGAGAAUAAAACACAGAUGUGCUUUUGUCGCAAGGCUUCCACCUAUCUCUUGGCCGGGUGAAUUUUGCAAUCUGGAAUUUCCCCCGUUGACGGCUGUGGGUGCAACCGCAUGUCUGAACAGUGCAGAGGGUGUUUGUGUAAGCCAGGAAGAACUUGUAAAAAGUGAAGGAAGCACUCAAAGGAACGGCUUUCCUUGUUCUUUCCAACCAACCCAAUAGUGGGUGACAUAGGCUGGAUCCUCACUACCAUAUAAUGUAGUUCGAACUACUAUGUCAGUGUAGAUCCAGCCACAAGGUGCAACUACAUUUUAGUUUGACAGUGUGUUGGCAAAGGCUUUCAUGACUGCAUGGAACGCCGUUACCUUCCUGCCGGAGCGGUACCUAUUGAUCUACUCACAUUUGCAUGUUUUCGAACUGCUAGGUUGGCAGAAGCUGGAGCUAACAGUGGGCGCUCACUCCGCUCCCUGGAUUUGAACCUGCGACCUUUUGAUCUGCAAGUUCAGCAGCUCAGUAGUUUAACACAUUGUGCCAUUGGGGGCUCCAUAAAUGGUGAAUAGGGAGUUCUUUUUCAAACACCCUGUAUAUUAUUUAAUUAUUAGUUAUAUUCAUUUAUUAUUUUAUUUAUUUAUUUUAUUAUGUUAUAGAUCAGUGAUGGCCAACCUAUGAUACGCGUGUCAGCACUGACACGCCUAGCCAUUUUUGCUGACACAGAUUGAUUGGAUGACUUAUGUCUUUUGUGGCCAAAUUUGGUGUGAUUUGGUCCAGUGGUUUUUUUUGUUUAUUCCAUGGAAAUUAUGCACAUUUUACUAUAUCAUUCUAUUAUUAUUCUAUUAUUAUUGUAGUAUAUUAUUAUAUUAUUACUAUUAUUAUAUUAUUAUUAUAUUAUUCAUUAUUCAUGACUACAUGGAAACUAGAAUAGAGAGAAACUGCAAGAGAUACCAUAGAUUGUUGUACAUGGAAAUAAUGGUAGUAAAUAGUUUUUGAUUUAUUAAAUACAGUUAUAUAUUACAAUUAUACAUUUUUGUUAUUUAAACCAUACAUAUUGCGAAAUUAUGGUUUUUUUCUUAAAGUGACACACCACCCGAGUCAUGCUAGGUUUUUUAGGUGAAUUUUGACACAUCAAGCGCAAAAGGUUGCCCAUCGUUGUGAUAGAUUGGCCUUAAAAGUUAGGAAAUAGCAAUGGCUAUGAGUUUAGUGGACAAAAAAAAGAAGCAAGAAAGCCAGAUAAACAUCCAACCUGGUAUAUAAGUAAAGUUGUCUUGCUCUCAAUAUAUAUUUUUAAAAGGGGGAAACAAUAUUCUACUAGAGAGGCAUGCAAAGACCUGUUCCAAAUGGAUCUUUAACCCUGGGAUUUGAAGUUUGGUGGAGCACCCAGCACUCUUCAGCAGAGCAGGCUGCUCCCGGGAUUCCAUAGCCCUGAGCCAUGGCAGUCUAAGCGGUAUCAAACCGCGUUAAGUCGACAGUGUAGAUGCAAAGCCGGGGGAGUUCUAGUUAGUCUGGCAGGAAGCCCUCCUCCUCCUCUCACCACCUGACCUAGAUGCACCGCCCCAUGGGAAACUCCGAGCCUGCCUUGUUCCGCCUGCCUCCAAAAUGGGAGCAGAGGCUUGAAACUUUGAAACCCACUUCGAGAAACAAAACCAAAACUGAAGACGGGGAAGCAGAGGAUGGCUGGAGGGAGAAGAGACCCCGAUCCUGGCACCCCUUUGGCUCCAAGCAUCGGUUGCCCCAUAGCCACGUAACAGCAGAUACUGUCCCCUGAACAAAGUGUGACCUUGCAACCAGCAACCUCCCACAAUGCCGACCAGCGGGAGGACCUUGGAUGAAUUUGCUGUGUCUGAGGAGGCACAAGAGGUGGUGACGCAGCAUCGGCCCCGCAUUGAGCAGCUCUUUGGGGUCGAGCUGAAUGUCCUGGGGGUCUUGGGGUUGGACCAGGGCCCUGGCGGGGACUUCCCGGGGGCCAGGAAGAUCUGGUUGCAACUGCAGGGCCAUGGAGACAACCUACAGAGAGCAAAGGAAUACAUCAAAGGCCUUUGUGCUCCGGAGCUGACUGAGGAGGUUUAUUACCCUAAAGACAUGCAGUGCAUCUUUUUGGGCGCCCAUGGAUUAUUCCUGAACUGCCUCACCCAAGGAACUUCUGCUCACAUUACCUGUCUCCGCCCUGGAGUCUUGCUGAUCUCAGGAUUGGCUGAGGCUUUCGUCAUGGCCCAGAGUCGGAUUCAAGAGUUUGUGGAAAAACACCAAAAGAACCUCAAGCUUCCAGAGGAAUGGGAGGCCCAGGUCAAGAGGGCCUUCCGGGAUUUGGUGGAGACCUACGAUGACAAGCAUGCAAUGGACCUCUUGAUCCUGCCCACGUCGGUCAAAGAGGAGCUACUCAAUUUGGUGAAGGAGAAUCAGGAAGACAGACAAGGGAGUGAAUGCUGGACAACACCUAGCCUUGAUCAAAACUCUUCUCUAGAAUGGGAAACAGUAACUCUGGGUGGUGGCAGGCCACAAUCACCCAAAAGACCUCAGAAUACAUUUGGGUUACCAAUGGGACUGACAACAAUCCGAGAAGAGAGCAGAAAUAGAGACUGUAGCGUUGAAUUGCCAGCAGGCUUUACCAGACUUCAAGAGUCUCCUCCAAAGUCCCAUGAUUUUACCCAACCACAGUGUUCUGGUAGGCAUCGAAAUGUUAGGACUGACCCAGGCCAAGCUUUGCCUCAGGGGUCAAGGGUUGACUUUCCCAGAGGCGUUGCUGAGUCUGAAUUGAAUGCGAGGCCUCAGGACUUCCUAUAUGGUUUGAACGGUCUUCAGGGUUGGCAUGAGGCAAAUGCUUCAAGGCCGACAUUUCCUAAGAGUUCCCCCCAACCCAUCCCGGCUGCAAGGACUACUCAUAAAACGUGGACAUUUCCUGGUUUCGCAGGUUUAACAGAGUCUUUAGAGGAUAAACAAGAGGAAGGGAAGAGUUCUCUUUGUGCAAGGGAUUCCAGUCCUGCUAGCUUGCCUGAAGAAACCUCUGAGGAGGAAGUGUCGUCAGACAUCCAGUUGUCAUCCUGGACAGAGAAGGAGUUCAAAAUGAGGCUAAACUUCUUUAAAACCAUGGGCUAUGAGGAGCGGGUGGUUAAGAAGAUACUUUUGGAGGGUGGCGUACGGGAAGCGCCUUCCACCAUCUUGGAUAAGGUCCACAUGGCAGAAGCAGGCCAGAAAGGAGAUCUCAUCCUCCCUCAGAUAGAGCCUGGGGGGAAAGAGUUUCCUCCUCCUUUGCCCGGAAAGACGCAGGAUGAAAAGGACUACAUGAGGGAGAUCAUCAGAGCUGCGGUGGCCAACUGUGGCCACUCGCCCAGUGAGAUCUCCACAGAGAUACACACAGGAGCCCCACUCGCGGAUAUACUGAGGCGUCUCCAUGAGAAAGGAGAAGAGCCAGAAGGUGCGACAGGAACCUCUGCAAUGAAGCCAGAACAAGGAGGGCAGCCUGGUGUCCGGAGGGCAACCGUUUUGAAUCACAAGGAACCCUCGCCGUGGAGACCUGAUAAUGAUACCAGGCGGAACAGUGGGUCUCCGUUCCAUGAGGAGCACCACACUUCACCACCAAACCCAGCAGUUGUUGCUUUUUCUCCUGAUAUUCCCUCCACUGGUAAUUUCUUGUCUUCUACAUCAGAUUCUGAGGAGAACCAUUCCUCGGAAAGCACCAGCUUUGGGCACCAUGGCCCAGUGUCUACGGUAACUGGAGCCCAGCGCUUUGAGGAGGCUCUCCAGAUGCAGUUCAAGCUCAAGCUGGCCAACACACCCGGGAAGAAAAACCUGCGGAUGGUCAUCAUUGAUGGCAGCAAUGUGGCCAUGAUGCAUGGUCUCAACCAAUUCUUCUCGUGUCGAGGCAUCGCUUUGGCGGUACAAUAUUUCUGGGACCGGGGGCACCGGGAAGUGACUGUCUUAGUCCCUCAGCACCGGAUGGAAGAAGACUCCAAUGUGAGAGAGAAGCACUACUUGGUUGAGUUACACAAGCUGAGCAUCCUCUCUCUCACCCCCUCGCGCAAAAUAGACGGGAAAGGCAUUGUCCCGUACGAUGACAGGUUUAUGCUCAAGCUGGCGGAACAGACGAAUGGCGUCAUUGUCACCAAUGACCAAUUUCGGGAUCUGGCCAAAGAGUCCAAGAAGUGGAUCAGGAUCAUCAAGGAAAGCUUACUGCAGUACAUUUUCGUGGGGAAUAUCUUCAUGGUUCCGGAUGACCCCUUAGGAAGAGAAGGACCCACCUUAGUAGAAUUCUUGAAGAAAAACCCCAGCAAGACCAAGGCUCCAAGUUGCCAUUCCUUCAGUGGCCGGCCGGCUCCUGCACCUGUCCCCGUUCGUCCCACGUCGCAGACGGAGGUCCUUCAUUUACGAGACAGGAAGCCACCUGCGGUUUUGCUUGGAGACCGAAGGCGGGAUCCUCAAGAUACAGCUACUGAGAAAGGAGCGCUUCGGCUUGACACGGAGACGGAAAGGCUGAGGAGAGACCUUCUGGAGAUCUUUGUGGACCAAGAUAGGAAGGUUGAUUUUGUACUCAUGAGGGAGCCUUGCUGUCGAGACCUGAACAAGCUUUCGGAGGCACUUCUCAGCCUCACUUUCUGAACGUCGUUCCACUCCGAAAACAUGAAAGGAGCACAUUAAGACAUCUGCAUCCAAGAUCCAAGAUCAUUUUGGAUCACCAGACUAUUGGGGUGACUUCUUUGGGGUCCCGCCCUUUGAGGAAAGGGACAGAAGAACCUGGCUGCUUAUCGUUGUGGUAGAUAAUUUAACACCACUCAGCUGUAUCUCAGGUUCCCCCAGAGACUAUUGCUUGACUUAUUUUGAUAUUUUAAAAGAAUUGCUUUGUAAGCAUGGUUGGGUAUCAUUUAAAAAUACUCUAAUUUUAAAGUGACUCCGGAAUAAAAUUCAGAUUUUUGGUAGAUUCUGAAAUUUUGAGCAUCAUAUUAUUACUUGACCCCAUGUCUUGAAAAGAAAACAAAAGAUUAUUUUCCAAAUGCAAAAGGAUGUGAAAAAUUAUUUUCAGAUUUCCAAUCAAAAGUGAAGUUUUGUCAGCUUUUUAGAAUAUCUGUACAGCACUUGGAAUUGCCUUUAAACAUUAAAGAAAGUGCGUUUUCAUUGGUUA